GCGUUACCCCGCAUUAGGGUCUAAAAAUAUUCUUUCACAGACAAGGUGCAUUUUAUCUACAGCGUGGCUUUAAUGCCUGUAUUAUAAUUCUAUAUAAUUAGGCUUUAUUAUAUUAUAUCAUUUAUAGCACAUGAUCCUUUAUACAUUAAAUACUAUAAUAAUGCUUGAUUGAUUCAGUUUCUUUCAUAGUGGAUUUACACUCAAAUCGUCUUUGCUUUAUAUUAUGUGUUGUACACAACAUUUUAGAAAAAUAAAGAAAAAAUAAACAACGGAGAAGCUGACCAUUGGUUAGGUAGAAUUUUUCUCCAAAUUACUGCAGUGCCAGAGGAACGGAGAGCCAGGACAAAACAAGUUUGUUUAUUAAGCAGACACAAAAAAACGUCUAUGGAAAGAAUUACAAUGUAAAACCUAAUGGGAUGCACAAAGCAACACUAUUUUUGAAACUAUUCCAAAACAUUGUAUUAUAUUUACCUCACAAUAUUUAUGAUAUAUUUAUUUUCCAAUAAUCUAUGUCAACAAUUGCCCUGUUGAUACCUGAAAUGUUAUUUUUGAAUAGGAAUGUUGCAUUACAGAUAUCUGCAAUAGAUCUCCAGUCUAGCUCUACGUGUCAUCCUGGACAUGUCUUCCACCCACUCCAUGGUGUGUCCCCGGUCUACAUUCAAUUAAAGUGUAAUGUAUUAUGUAUUAUUGCACAAUAUUUGUGCAAUAAUUCAAUAAUACAACUCUGCAAUACUGUGUGCUAUGAUUCAACUCUACAAUACGCUAUUCCUUCAUUUUGGGGAAUAGCGUACAGAAACAGUCUAAGCCCAUUUCUCAACAUCAAUAUUUCUUUGUUGUAGGAUUGUUAUAUUGUUGUUUUAUAUUGUAGCCUAUUUAAUACAAAGUCGAGUGCAUAUUUGUGUAACCUUCUUAUUGCUUAUUUAGUAUUUUCUUAUUAUUUUUCUAUUCUUAUAUUUAGAUUAUAGGGAGAUGGCAACUCUAACGUGAAUCAGGUACGCACCAAUUAAGUAUUUCUGAUUGUGCUUCUGAUUGGUUUGAUGUAAUUCCUGGUCAUCCUGCGGGGGGCAGUGUCACAUGUCGACGCUUUUAACCACUGGCCACCCCGGCAAGAAGAAGACCAAGAAAUGGUACAGACCAGACUUUAGAAUGCUUUAGCGGGAACCCCUCCUCCGCUCAGUGGUACGGUCCAGGCGACCAGAAACCAUACAGUGUUGUUGUUGUUCAUUUUAAAUGCAUUUCACAGUAUUAUGGAGGAAAUGCUGGUCUGAAAGCUUGAGGCGGCGCCGUUCAUAAUAACGAUGGGACCCAAGAAGCAGGGACCCAGGAUGGCUGAAGCUCCUCUCCAUCCGGCCAAGAAACGUUUAGAGCCUGAGAGCCUGGACGAGUCCAGCAUAGAGCGGGCCAGCAUCCUGGAUAGAUUACCACACGGCACUUCUGAUUACCCUCUCCACAGCACGGCUCUGGAGGAAGACCUCCGACUCCCGGAGGACGAGGAGGAGGAGGUGUCCCGACCCGCUGAGAAGGUGGAAAAGAAAGUGGGAGGAAGAGCAGGAGGUCCUGGGAAGGCUGCACCGUCCGCGGGGGCCAAGCAGAGGCCAGCGGCGUCCCCCAGGAGUCAGGAGCCGGGAGACAGGAGGGCGAGGAAGAGGAAGAGUGUCGGGGAGAAAGAGGCGGCUGGGAGAGGGGGGAAGCCCGCCCGAAAGAAGGCAGGAGGGAUCACGGAGGAGGAGAGAAGGAAAGGCCCAGGCUUAGGGAGGGGGCCUGGUCCUCGCCCCGCCAGAGGGAGCCGGCCACCACCCCGAGCCCCAGCUCCCCGGGAGGCCUCACCUAGGGUCACAGCCCCAGAUAGACAGACGACUGCCAAGAGGGUUAGCCGGCAGCUGCAGCUGACGUUUGUAGCCAGACCAGGGAAGGUAGCGGGGGCAGAGGAGGAGGAGGAGAAGAAGAAAGGGGGGAAAUUAGUAAACAGAAAGUCCAGCAGCUCUGAGACACCGACCCCUGAUCCCAAGAGGGCCCGCACCAGGAAGUCGUCCUCCGGCCAGUCAGCUGACCGCCAGCGGCACUUAGCCAGGACGUCCUCUCCAGGUCGGAGCGGCGCUGAGCCCACGGUCUCACAGACAGACAGGCCAGGGGAGAGGUCCCGGGGUCCUGCAGGGGCCGACGCGUCCGUGGUGCUGCAGAGCUUCCUGUCCCUUUGCCAAACAUACAAGGAGUCUGUGGAGUCGACGGCCGUGCGACGCGCCAUCGACUCGCUCUCCUCUUCCCUGGAGGGGCGCCUCACUGAGCGGAUCACCGCCUCCAAGGAGCUGCGGGUUCUGAAGAGGGACAACGGCAAGGUGAACUCACAGAUCAAAGCAAAGACACAGAAACUGCUGGAUGCCAAGUAUGAGCGGUUCAGGGCGGAGCAGCAGCUGGGCUCGCUGAGGAAGGAGAAGGUGGAGCUGAGGCAGCGUCUGGCCCACGUCCGGAGAGGCUUCUCCUUCCUGCAGGGCCUCGGAGACCUGACCACACGAUACCUGGCCCACAGACGGGCACACCCCUCGGAGAAAGAGCAGGAAAAAUCUGGCAACCCGUUCCCUCUUUAUCCAACCUGGGAAGAGCACUAUCCAACCAGACUCGGUCCUACUUGGACCUUCACGGGCAGUCGGCGGGAUUUAAAUGUCGACUGCCGGUGGCGGAGCCGGCGACGCUCCCUAUUCCGGCGUUCCCGGGAAUGGCUUGACCACCAAAUAGGCAGAGCAGUUUGGGUCGUCCAGUCUGCCUGCCCUGCUGGUAGAGACCAAGAGCCUCCUGAGAGCAGAGGACCACCUCCGAGACAACAACAAGCGGCUGGAGGCCGGGAUGAGAGAAUGAUGCAAUGAGGACGUCUGGGAACACCUGGCCGUGUUCAACGAAUGAAUCUAAUCCGAUCGUAUCUGGACGUCACUUAAGUGAUGUGGAAAGCACACUAACGAUGUUUUAGUCUGCUAAAUUUCAAUGUUCAUUCAAAGGUCAGAAUUCAUUCUGACCUUUUCUUGUAUGCAUGUCUUGAUCCUACUCUUGAGCAGGAAAGCAAUUAAUCAUACCAUUCAUGUUGACGGAUUAAAGAAAAUGUAUGUGAAAUACC